UGUUGAUGAGGAGCAGCGACGGCGGCGGCGGCGGCUGCACCACCUCGUUGCUGCCGGCCGCGGCCCAGUCGCACCUCGCACCCGGAGUCCGGCUUCGUCACCUGGUCGCGGGGGCCUUCCCUCCGGCCCCGAGAAUCUUCCCCCUGCAACCCAACAACAGCAAACCCCCCCCGUCUCGCCCAGUCACCGGGGAGGGGGGACCAUGUCCCAGCGGGUGAGGCGCAAUGGGUCCCCCACGCCGGCCGGCGCCCUCGGGGGUGGUGCGGUCGCCACGGCCGGGGGACCUGGGAGCCGCCUGCAGCCCAUGAGGGCGACGGUUCCAUUCCAACUGAAGCAGCAGCAGCAACAUGGCAGCCCCACGCGGAGCAACGGCGGCGGCGGCGGCGGCAACAACAACGGCAGCUGCUGCGGUGGCGCCUCAGGCCCCUCAGGCGGCGGCGGCGGGGGCCCGCGCACUGCCUCGCGCAGCACGAGCCCCACGCGCGGCAGCGGGAGCACUACCGCGCGCACCAGCCCCACGGUAGCUACGCAGACGGGCGCGUCCGCGACGUCCACGCGGGGCACCAGUCCCACGCGCGGCGCCGCGCCCGGGGCUCGCGGAAGCCCCCCACGGCCGCAACCCCCACCGCCGCCUCCGCUGCUGGGCACAGUGUCGUCGCCUUGCUCGUCACCCACCCACCUGUGGACCAGCGAGGUGAGCGCGGCCCCACCCCCAGCCCGCGUCCGGCACCGGAGGAGGUCCCCAGAGCAGAGCCGCCCCUCCCCGGAGAAGAGGAGUCCGAGCGCUCCGGUGUGCAAAGCAGGUGACAAAACUCGACCUCCUUCUUCAAGCCCUUCCAGUAUUAUCCGUCGCACUUCUUCGCUGGACACGCUUGCAGCUCCAUACCUUGCGGGGCACUGGCCUCGUGAUAGUCAUGGGCAAGCUGCACCUUGCAUGAGGGACAAAGCUACACAGACGGAGAGUGCAUGGGCUGAAGAGUACUCUGAAAAGAAGAAAGGAUCUCACAAACGAUCAGCAUCAUGGGGCAGUACGGAUCAACUUAAGGAGAUUGCUAAAUUACGCCAGCAGUUGCAGAGAAGUAAACACAGCAGUCGGCAUCAUCGAGAUAAAGAAAGACAGUCUCCAUUCCAUGGCAACCAUGCAGCUAUUAACCAGAGUCAGGCUCCUGUUCCAAAGAGUGCCCUUAUUCCAGUAAUUCCCAUCACCAAAUCAACAGGUUCCCGGUUCCGGAAUAGUGUGGAAGGAUUGAAUCAGGAGAUUGAAAUAAUAAUUAAAGAGACUGGGGAAAAGGAAGAGCAACUAAUACCACAAGAUAUUCCAGAUGGGCAUCGUGCACCUCCCCCAUUGGCACAGAGAAGUAGCAGCACACGCAGCAUUGACACACAGACCCCUGGUGGGGCAGACAGGGGAAGCAACAAUAGCAGCCGUUCUCAGUCUGUGUCCCCCACCUCGUUCCUCACUAUCUCUAACGAAGGCAGCGAGGAGAGUCCUUGUUCAGCUGAUGACCUGCUCGUCGAUCCCAGGGAUAAAGAGAAUGGGAACAAUUCUCCUUUGCCCAAAUACGCAACCUCACCAAAACCUAAUAAUAGUUACAUGUUCAAAAGGGAACCUCCUGAGGGCUGUGAAAGGGUCAAAGUCUUUGAGGAGUGCUCACCAAAACAACUUCACGAAAUUCCUGCUUUCUACUGUCCCGACAAAAACAAGGUGAAUUUCAUUCCUAAAAGCGGUUCUGCUUUCUGCCUCGUCAGCAUCCUCAAGCCACUCCUUCCCACACCAGAUCUUACCCUUAAGGGCUCUGGCCACAGCCUGACAGUCACCACUGGCAUGACAACCACUCUGCUUCAGCCCAUUGCUGUGGCCUCCCUGUCUACAAAUGCAGAGCAAGACCGAGUCUCUAGAGGAACCAGUACAGUCCUGCCAUCAGCCUCCCUACUCCCACCCCCAGAACCGAUAGAGGAAGCUGAAGGAUAGGCCCCAACGCUGCAUGGCCAUGGUUCUGGAGAAUGGAGAGCUUCCUCAGAUUGCUUGACUAUGAUGGCACCGUGGGCUCCCAGUUGGCUGUGACGUGCUCCAGCUUUCCAGUGAUAGGCUUCUGGAAGAAAGCAGCCCCUCUGACUGCUCUGCCCCACUCAAGAAGGCCAGCCCACAGUGCUUAGCCUGCUUUUUCUUAAAGCACUGAUUGAAAUAAGAAAGUUCUCAUGUGGAGGGACAAUAUCACAUUGUUUUUGUUUUCAAAUUAGACUUGUUUAAAAAAAAAAAAAAAAAAAAAAAAAACCCACAAAAUCUGAUCCCUGCAAACAUGAUUCCUGAAGGGAGACGUGAAUGAUGCUGCAAGAACCAUCUUUUAUAUGAAAAUGACUAUUUUAUAAUACCAAUGUUACAUUUUCUGAAACGUAGCAAACAGGAUGUUCAAAAGAUUCUUUGGUGGCCUCUGUUUCUUGUUUCCCUUUCUAGAUGUGUGCUUUUCUCAGCUGUUUUCAGCUUUGGGACCAAAGGGAUUGUUGACAUUUCCCAGCAGUCUUAAUCUCAUGACUGUGUUCUUCUCCCAAAUAAGAAUUGAUAAGUAAAUGCAUUGAGCAAGUAUAUAUAAAAAGAGAUACAAAGCAAUAUUCGUACAUUAUGUGAUUUAUGUUUUUUGAUGUCAGAAGUUUGUGCUUUGGGUGAAAUAUUUGUAAAACUGCUGUUUUCUUCACUUCCUGUACACAUUUCACUAUGUGGUCAGAAAAGUUAUAGUCUGAAGACAAAUGCUUUAAUGUGUUCUCACCCAUGUUGGAACUUGGUUUAAGAGUCAGUGAGCCAAGAGGAAACUAUCCAGUGUUGAUUGCUAAAUAGGAUUGAGGAGCCCUUUGGUUUUCUGUGAAGUGUGUAUCGAACUGUCACCCUCCCCUGCCACAGGUGUCAUUCUGCCUUUAGUCAUCACUGUAUCAUAGUCCCAAGAGACCCUACAAUGGCUGUGCAUGGAUUUCCUCCUCUGCUUUUGUGAUGUUGUUGUCUUGUGGAUUUGGUCAGGGUCAGUAGUUUGCCAGGAGUGUAAUCCAUUGAAUAGCGAUCCUUAGCCACAGAACCUUGAGACUGACUUUUUCUUUAUGGUGGUUGGCACUGAGAUUUAUUGCCUACAGAUUUUGCUAGUUUCCUCUCCAAUAUUCCACACAGUGGAGAAAACAGAUAAGAACUUUGGAGCAUAAGCAACAGGCACCUUAAAAAAAUUCAUACUGUUUUUGUAUUUGGACUUGUCUUUAUACAAACCACUGCCAGUAUCAUAUGACAGCAGUAUUUCAUUUCUGGGUAUGUGGAAGUACAGUUAAGGAGCAGCUGUAUUUUAGAAAUGAAUUUCAGCAAGCAAUGUCCUUUUAGUAUCUUCAUGUAUUAUGUUAUGAUGCAAUAAGUUCCUGUUACUCUACAUAUUAUAGGCAGAAAAAAAUUUAAGUCUAUUUACAAAGGGUUACUGUUUCAAAGGUAAUAUGUCAGCUUGUCCAGACAUAUUCCAUCAAGAAAAACCUAGUGGCAGCAAUAAAUCUGAAAGAACUUAUAUUCGUGCAACCUUUACACAUCUAAGCAACUUAAAAUAUGCCCUAUUGGGCUGGGGUUGUGGCUCAGUGGUAGAGCACUUGCCUAGCAUGUGUGAGGCACUGGGUUCGAUUCUCAGCACCGCGUAUAAAAAUAAGAAUAAAGGUCCAUCAACAACUGAAAAUUACAAAAAAAAAAUUUAAAUAUCCUAUUAAGUUUAAAAUGUAUUUAGGUAAAUCAGAUCAUGCAAACAUCUGACAGAUUCAUUUCAAAUGUUUGCAAUUGUUAGUUGAUAGGACUAUGAAUUGGGGUACUUUUUCACACCUAAAGCUUAAUUUACUGGGAACUAGUAAAUUAUGACUUUUAAAUCAAUAAAAGCUCAGUUAUUUGGGGGGUCUUAAAUUUUCUGGUUGGUUGGUUGAUUUCUCAAAUACCUUCAUUGUUUGCCUUCUUUCUUAUGCCUUUUGACUUUGCCAUUUCACCAGAGUAUCUACUCUAUUGGAAACCGAAAUCAUAUGCAUUGAUGUGCAUCAGAAAGGAGGUAGUUAAGAACAAGGGCUUAUUUGAUUUUUUUUUUUUUUUUUUUCAAAGCAUCAGGUUUGGGUUUUUUGUUUGUUUCUUUUACUGGAAUACUAUUAAAUCUAUGUUUUUUCCUCCACCUUACACUUCUUUUCCCCUUCUAUCUCCAAGGGUGUUUUACAAUAGAAUGUCACUUUGUUAACAGUAUAUCUCUUUUAUAUUGUUGAAUUCACAUCUUUCUGUAGAGUUUCAAGUAUCCAUCUGAAGUAAUUAAGAUCAGAGUAGAACAAGUGUCAGAUUUACUAUUAACAGUCUUGUUAAUAGAACUUUUAGUUUAAUGUUUGGUUGUAAGGAAAAUGAGAAUUUGCAGGUAAAUUAAUUGUGUGGCAACCAAACACAUCCCCUGGUUUGGGCAUAAUGCAGCUGAGAUUUUGUGGGGAGAAGCUCCAAGGUACAAAAUAACUGCCAGUGCCAAAGGGCUAAUUUUUAAGCAUACCAGCUUUAUCACAGUCUUCAACAAUAUUAACCACGGGUCCAUCUGGCUGAUUUAUUUAACCCUUAGUUCCAGGUGGUUCAUUUCUUUAAGAUGGGUCCUUUCUCAAUAGAAUGCACAACAUUUUAUCCUAAAAUUACUGUUCAUGAUUAUUGUAUUUUUUAGAAAACCGAACAGAAGGUAAAUGGAAUACCUUUGGUGGUUAUGCAAUUUAAUCUUUUUCAAAUGAAAUUCACUUCCACUGCGGUAAGAAAAAACUGGGUGGCAUGUAUCUUCCCACAAAAGGAGCUAUUCUCUAGUUAUUCACUUUGUCAGUCUUAAUUAUAUUUUGCUCUUAAUUUCUUCCUUGUGAUGAUAAAACUUACACAUUUACUGUUUCUGAUCAUGACUAAGUCUAUUACUUAUCAUGGCUUUUGUGAGCAAUUAUGUUUUUAAAAUACCAAUUUUGCCUCUCUGGUUAAAUAUGGUGAAUGUGGAUGCCAAAAUUAUCUUUUAACCGAUUCUUCAUUUUGCUUAAAAUGUUUUGUAACCACAGGCCAAAUCAGCCUUUUAGAAGGUGCUAUUGCUAACUGUGGAAUAUCUGGCAACGUGAAAGGCAAUUUUUUUUUUUUUUUUAAAUAGUGGCUUUUCACUGGAAGAAAGUUUUAAAAAAUGGCAGAAUUUAUAGCCUUCUUUAUGUGCAAGAUUAGGACGGAAGUUGUCAGGAUCUUAAGGAAAAUAAAAAUUGCCACUACUAAAUUUACUUUGCUGUUCUAAUCUUCACAUUCAUUCCUUAAUGCUUGUAUUUUUAGUGUCUCAAAACCGGACCAGUGGAAUGCUGAAUUUGCAAAAAUAAAGCUAAUAAUGCUUCGCA